GGAACGUAAAAGCUCUGUUAUUGCUGGUAGAGCUUUAACUUUGGGCACUCCGAGCAGCCGAAGCAGAGGAGCAGUGACUCUGCCUGAAGGGCGGGUGGGACAGAGGCUGCCUGGUAAAACAUUGACCUGUGCACCAAGCCGUGGCUGCAGAGGUACGGGGCUGCCCGAGGACGACAGGGGAGCCUGGCAGCCACCAGCACACACGGGAGCAUUCCGACUUCUCCACAGGUUUUAUCAGGCUUUGAAUGAGUUUGACAUCAUGACCGCUGAGGACUCUACUGCAAGGAUGAGCAACGAUUCCACCAACGUGAGCACCACGAAAGUCCCUGAAGGUGUGGCCGGUGCGCCCAACGAGGCGGCCCUGCUGGCACUGAUGGAGCGCACCGGCUACAGCAUGAUCCAGGAGAACGGGCAACGCAAGUACGGCGGCCCACCGCCUGGCUGGGACGGCCUGCACCCUCCUCGCGGCUGCGAAGUCUUCGUGGGCAAGAUACCCCGCGAUGUCUAUGAAGAUGAGCUUGUCCCCGUGUUCGAGUCUGUUGGCCGCAUCUAUGAGAUGCGCCUGAUGAUGGACUUUGAUGGGAAGAACCGCGGUUAUGCCUUCGUGAUGUACACACAGAAGCAUGAGGCAAAGCGGGCUGUCAGGGAGCUGAACAACUAUGAAAUCCGCCCAGGCAGGCUGCUGGGUGUGUGCUGCAGCGUAGACAACUGCAGGCUCUUCAUUGGAGGCAUUCCCAAGAUGAAGAAGAGAGAGGAGAUCCUGGAGGAGAUCGCUAAAGUGACGGAAGGUGUACUGGAUGUCAUUGUCUAUGCAAGCGCUGCAGACAAGAUGAAGAACAGGGGUUUUGCCUUUGUGGAGUACGAGAGCCAUCGAGCAGCAGCAAUGGCCAGGAGGAAGCUCAUGCCAGGAAGGAUCCAGCUGUGGGGACACCAGAUUGCUGUCGACUGGGCAGAACCAGAGAUAGACGUGGAUGAAGACGUCAUGGAGACUGUCAAAAUCCUCUACGUGAGGAACUUAAUGAUUGAGACCACAGAGGACACCAUUAAAAAGGUCUUUGGGCAGUUUAACCCUGGCUGUGUAGAGCGGGUGAAAAAAAUACGCGAUUAUGCCUUUGUGCACUUUACAACCAGGGAAGAUGCCAUCCACGCCAUGAAUAACCUUAAUGGUGUCGAACUGGAAGGCUCGUGCCUGGAGGUUACCUUGGCCAAGCCAGUAGACAAGGAGCAGUACACUCGCUACCAGAAAGCAGCAAAAGGAGGGGCUGCAGCAACACCCGAAGUAACUCAGCAACCUAACUAUGUUUACUCUUGCGAUCCAUACACACUAGCGUAUUAUGGAUAUCCAUACAAUGCCCUGAUAGGGCCCAACAGAGAUUACUUUGUGAAAGCAGGCAGCAUACGAGGUAGAGGGCGAGGCGCAGCUGGCAACAGAGCCCCAGGCCCCCGUGGCUCCUACCUGGGGGGAUACUCUGCUGGCCGUGGCAUAUACAGCAGGUACCACGAAGGCAAAGGAAAACAGCAAGAAAAAGGAUACGAGCUGGUACCCAACCUGGAAUUACCAGCUGUCAACCCAGUAACCAUUAAGCCUGGUGCAGUGGCCAUCCCUGCAAUCGGUGCCCAGUACUCCAUGUUUCCAGCUGCACCACCAGCCAAGAUGAUGGAAGAUGGCAAAAUCCACACAGUGGAGCACAUCAUCAACCCUAUUGCCGUCCAGCAGGACCCAGCCAGUGCAGCAGCUGCUGCAGCAGCCGCAGCCGCAGCAGUAAUACCAGCUGUGUCAACGCCUCCCCCAUUCCAGGGCCGCCCCAUAACCCCAGUGUACACCAUGGCCCCCAACGUGCAGAGGAUCCCCGCUGCCAGCAUUUAUGGGACAAGUUACGUGCCGUUUGCAGCACCCGCUGCAGCAACAGCAACGAUAGCCACUCUACAGAAGAAUGCCGCCGCUGCUGCCGCCGCCGCUGCCGCCUAUGGGGGCUAUGCUGGCUACAUACCUCCGGCCUUCCCAGCUGCCACCAUCCAGGUGCCCAUCCACGACGUCUACCAGACGUACUGAGACUGUCGGCAGAGAAACAAACACUGAAGGAACACUUUACUAUUUAUGAAGAAUGCGCCUGCUGCAGGAGAGUAAUGUCAGGACUCAGUAAACUGACGCAGAACCUGAAAGUGAAGAAUGUCACAGAAAAACAUGUUCAAAAUGUUUUCUACGCUUGAAGUUUUCACUAACUUUUUUUAGGCUAUUUUUAAAAUUUAACAUGCCUGUAUUCAUACAUUUCUAAACGACUUUGAUGCAGCCACCCGUCACUUAUGUGCCUUUAUAUGCAUCACAGUGGGGUUGCACAGGGUCCUUUUUUUUAGCAGUUAUAUUUUCAAUAUAUUUGUGGUAUGAAGGUUAUUUUUAGUAACUACUGCACUCCAGAGAUGUCUAUUUUGUAGUGCCUUUAAUAAUAUAUCAGCUAUAUAUUAAGAAGCACACCCGAGCAGCUAGGGAAAGUUUAAAUGAUAUAUUUUGAAGAAUAUAUUCAAUAUUUAAAGAAUACAUUCCUUAGAUUUUUUUUUUUUUUUUUUUUUUUUUUUUUUU